UCCGGUCCAGUCGUAGUUCCGUCACUGAGCAGCGGCUGCUCCUGUUAGCCGUUUUCCAGCUGAACUCGGGCUCAGAGUUAAUUUUUAACGUCCCGCAGAAUCAACCGGAGCCCGAGGCCGUUAGAUGAAACUGAUAUGAGCCCACGCACAGACUCAGACCGGCUGACCGUCAGCUAACACCGCCGCAGCUAGCCUUCCUAAACGAGCUUUAGCCGUUAGCUCUCGACCGUUUCUUUUCUAUGAACGCGGCUGUAUGCUAACUUAGCCUGUGCUAACCCAGAUAGCUGAUGCGUGUAUGAAGGCGGCUCCCAGUUCGCCGUAUAAAAACACCCAGAAGAAAACAUUAGCAUGGACACUCAGCCGCGGACACACUAACUGUUCUGUGAGGAUCAGACUCGUCUCUCUGUCCAGGAGGUCAGAGGUCACCGCCACUUUCAGCCCGAGCCGCCCCGCCCCCAGCCAUGCCGACCUAGAAUCCGCCUGAAGCCGUUCGUUUCCCUCAGCGUGACCCCAGUCGACCGGAUUGACCCCCCAGACCUUGGUCCCCCGUCCCGCAGAGACCAUGUCUGAGAACCAGGCCAACAACAACAACGUGCCGCUCAACAACAACAACAACAACAUGGGCAACAACCGCAUACGCAACCCCAACAUCAACCAGAACCCGCUCAUCAACGUGAGGGACCGCCUCUUCCACGCCCUCUUCUUCAAGAUGGCCGUCACCUACGCCCGGCUUUUCCCGCCGUCAUUCAGGAGGGUGUUUGAGUUCUUCGUCCUGUUAAAGGCCCUCUUCGUCCUCUUCAUCCUCGCCUACAUCCACAUCGCCUUCUCUCGCUCGCCCAUCAACUGUCUGGAGGUGGUGAGGGAGCGCUGGCCUCGCGACGGCAUCCUUCGCGUGGAGAUCCAGCGGAACUCCAGCCGGGCGCCCGUCUUCCUGCGCUACUACGACUCCGCGGGCUUCCAGGCGGAGCUCAAUAUGGAGGACGGCGCCGGAGACGCGGUGGAUGCCGGGGACGCGGACGGCAGCGGCGAGGGCUGGCUCAGCCUGGCGGCGCUGCGGGAGGAGGAGGAGGAGGAGGAGAUGACGGUGGACAUGUUCGACAACAGCUCGGUGCAGUUUGAGCUGGACAUCGAACCUCGUCUGAAGCCGUCUCUGAUUGGAGGAGGCGUCGGAGGAGGUGGGGGUGGCAGCGGAGGGGGCGGAGUCAAUGACAGCCAGGACGUGUCCUUCAGCCAGACCACUAAAGGUACGCAGCCGCUGAGGGACUCAGUGUCUGAGCUGGAGAUGAUGACCAGAGCAGUCUGGCCUCAGGAGGAGUAUAUCGUGGAGUAUUCCCUGGAGUACGGUUUCCUGCGUCUGUCUCAGAACACCAGACAGAGGCUCAACAUCCCCGUCAUGGUCGUUACUCUGGACCCGAUGAAGGACGAGUGCUUUGGCGACGGCUUCAGUCGUUUUCUGCUCGACGAGUUUCUGGGAUACGACGACAUCCUGAUGUCCAGCGUGAAGGCACUCGCAGAGAACGAGGAAAACAAAGGGUUUCUGAGGAACGUGGUGUCUGGAGAACAUUACCGCUUCGUCAGCAUGUGGAUGGCGAGGACGUCGUACCUGGCCGCCUUCGUCAUCAUGGUCAUAUUUACUCUGUCGGUGUCGAUGCUGCUCAGAUACUCACAUCACCAGAUCUUCGUCUUCAUCGUGGAUCUGCUUCAGAUGUUGGAGAUGAACAUGACCAUCGCCUUCCCAGCAGCCCCUCUGCUCACCGUCAUCCUGGCCCUCGUCGGAAUGGAGGCCAUCAUGUCGGAGUUCUUCAACGACACCACCACCGCCUUCUACAUCAUCCUCAUCGUCUGGUUGGCCGACCAGUACGACGCCAUCUGCUGCCACACCAACACCAGCAAACGCCACUGGCUGAGGUUCUUUUAUUUGUACCACUUUGCCUUCUACGCCUAUCACUACCGCUUCAACGGUCAGUACAGCAGCCUGGCCCUGGUCACCUCCUGGCUCUUUAUCCAGCAUUCCAUGAUCUACUUCUUCCAUCAUUAUGAGCUUCCUGCUAUCCUGCAGCAGAUCCGGAUCCAGGAGAUGCUUCUCCAGAACCAGCAGGCGGGUCAGAACCAGCAGACGGCGCUGCAGGACAACCUCAACAACAACAACAGCGCUGCCACCGCCAACGCAGGGGGGGCUCCUGGACCCAACACAGACUCCGCCCAGCCUCCACCUGCUCCGCCCACCAGCGCCCAACCGGCUCCUGAGACUGAGUCCCAGACCGCCGGCGCUGUAGGGGAGGUCCGUUCGGAGCUGAACUGGGUUGCUCAGACGGCGGCCAUCAUCACCGAGGCGCUGUCGACAUCCGCCCAUCAGGGGCCGGCCGUGAUGGACGGGGUCAGUGGAGGAGCGUCGGCAGGAGGAGCAGGCGGAGGCGCCGCCGCGGAGAUCAGCGUGGUGGCGGAGUUCUGGAUGGGAGGAGCCACGGGAGGAGGAGGAGGCGGAGCCACAGGCGGAGUGGAUGCAGAGCACAGUGCAAACGGCGUUGCCGUGGCGAUUAAAACGACAGGAGGAGCCGAUCCUCCGUCCGCAACCCCUCCCCCUCCUCACACAGAGGAGGUGGGGCCCUCAGAGGGAGGGCUUUCAGAUGUAAGCCCCGCCCCUCCGCAGACAGACUGCCCCCCCUCACAGAGUUCAGGUACAGACUGGGACUGCAGAGCAGAGCCGGGCUCCUCCCCCUGCCCCUCCCCCUGUCCAUCCACCUGUCCAUCCUGAUCACCUCCGCCGACGGACGACGCUUCAGCUGUCGGACCGACGCCAGGUUGCAUUAUUGAUCAGCUGAUCGGCUUCUCCCGGGUCAGAACCAGAACUCAGAUCAGUGGUAAAGUCGGACUCGGAUCGGCGCUGGUUACAACUUACUGACCUGUCGUUUUAACUUGACCGACGAAACUCAGCGUCACACGUGAAAAAUAUUUGUGUUUAAAAAGUUGACAAAAUGGUGGUGUUAAAAGAGGGCGGAGCUAAAAGUGACGGUUCUGCUCCUUCAUUGUUUCAGAAACGACAGAUUCAGAAAAACAUUCAAAGUGUGGAUCUGGAUCAAUCACAUGAAGUCGAUCGAUCGGCCAAACCUGCUUUAUCAACGUUAACCCUGAUCAAUGACUUCAUCAAUAAAAGCUGAUGACGAAUGUUCUGUCGGUUCUGCUUUAACGUCCAGAACCGUCUGAUUCUGAUCCGGAUCCGUCAGCUCUGUUUCGUACUUUCGUUACAUUCUGAUUCCGUUCGUCUGCGACUGUGAUUCUUUAGGGUCAGCUGAUCAAUAACAUCCUCCGGCCCGGUUCUGACGGACCCGGUCCGGCUUUGUUUUCCAUUGGCUUUUAUUUUGAAGAGAAACACUCAGAGCAGGAAGUCGACGGACAGCGGCGGUGACAAACCGAUCGAUCAGACGGACGACUUCCUGCGUGAACGAAUGCCUUAUCAAUAAUCCUCAGACUGACUGUGACGACCGCAGCGACGCCACGCUCUGAUUGGCCGACGGCUGCGUCUGAGGGGUGGAAUGUGUUCAGCCAAGUCAGACUUGAUUAAUCCUGAAUUUAAACCCUGAAUCCCGUGUUUUCUGCAGGUGAACUCGAACGCACCGCUGACCCGCUGUCGUGUGCUUUUUUUUUGUGUCGGUCUGGGUGUUUGGGGGGCGGGGCCUGGUGUGUGACAUCAGAGGGAACUAAAGCAGAUGAUUGGACGGCAUUUUUCUUGUGGGUGCCUCUGCUGGACGACCGUAGCCUCACAUGUUCAUCCAACUGUAUUUAACUGUUCAGUAAAGUCACUGCACAAACCGC